CCACCGUCUAUGUUACUGCGGCAAAUCUGACUGUGCACUGACUGAUCAAUGUUUAUUCCCCCCCAGUGCAAUUAACAUUAGCUAAGGCUCAUAUCUCAGAUUAAUUAAUUAUUUUGUGAAAUUAAAAUGCUCUGCAUGAGGGUCUGCGUUAGAUAAACCGCCCAGCAGUAAAAUCAUCCUGGAUGUCUGGUGACGUAUCCGCCGCUCCGCCGUCUGCUCUGGAGGUUGUCAGCUUCAUCGGCAAAACCGUUGGCGCAGGCGCGGCACUGACAGCUGCUGUCUACUUACUCCGCAAAGUCUGUUUAAUAAUGGCCUGGAAAUCUGGAGGAGCCAGCCACGCAGAGCUUGUCAACAACCUCCGCAAAAAUGGCAUUAUUAAGUCUGACAAGGUCUAUGAAGUCAUGCUGGCCACAGACCGAGCCCAUUUCUCUAGGUGUAACCCAUACAUGGACUCGCCCCAGUCAAUAGGCUAUCAAGCGACCAUCAGCGCUCCACACAUGCACGCCUAUGCCCUGGAGCUCCUACACGACCAGCUGUACGAGGGAGCAAAAGCUCUGGACGUCGGCUCUGGCAGUGGAAUCCUGUCCGCUUGCUUCGCACGAAUGGUAGGUCCUAAAGGGAAAGUUAUAGGAAUUGAUCACAUCAAAGAGCUGGUAGACGAUUCUAUUAACAAUGUGACGAAAGACGACCCCAGUUUGAUAACAUCGGGCAGAGUCACGCUAAUAGUGGGGGACGGGCGGAUGGGCCAUCCUGAGGAAGCGCCUUACGAUGCUAUCCAUGUUGGCGCAGCAGCACCGACUGUCCCUCAAGCUCUUCUGGAUCAGCUGAAGCCGGGCGGCCGGCUGAUUCUGCCCGUCGGCCCGGCUGGUGGAAACCAGAUGCUGGAGCAGUACGACAAGUUGGAGGACGGCAGCACCAAAAUGAAGCCCUUGAUGGGGGUGAUUUAUGUGCCUUUAACAGACAGAGAAAAGCAGUGGUCCAGGGAUGAACUUUGAAGAGGAAGACGGUCCAUAAAUCACCUUUAAGUUUAAACCUGGAGAAAACUUGGAUGGGGUUGAACAGCCCAUGGCAUUUUAACAAAACAUGCUCUUUUUGUUUAAAUCUAACGAUGGACAAGAGUAUCACAUUGAUGACAGCCCAGACGGGCUGGGAAGAAAGACUGAAGCUCAGCGCAGAAAUAUCGGAGAAGGCUUUUUUGUUUUUCUUUUCAGGCCUGCAUCUUUUUGGUUGUGUUUUCAAUUUCAAACCGCUGGAUUUUUCGUUUUUUUUGUGGUUUAUCAUUUGAAUUACAAUCAGCCACUUUUACAGUCUUACAUUUCAGCAGCAUCAAAGCUGAAUGUAGGAGGAACAGCGGACAGCGACGGGGGAAAGCUUGAAACUUUUAGAUAAUUCACGUAGCUACAGCGCGCGUGUGUGUGUGCGUGUGGAUCAUCUAACUCUAGACCUCUCUGCUAACACAUGAGCUUUUUUCCCUUGCCAGCAGUAUUAAGAACACACACACACAGGCAACACAAUGGCUGAUGUAACCCACACAUCCUGUUUGAUGUGCAGCACUCUUGAGUCAUUCUACACAUAGAGUAAGCAAUCCAUCGGAUCAUACUGAAUAUACUCCAAAGAGAGCGGAGCACUAAUAACAUUGACACACGUGCACAUAACAGGGCUGUGCUUUUCACCUGGUGAUGUGUUGCUUUCUGCCGCCGGUUUACCAUUAACAAUUUGUGCAGGCUCUUCUGGUGACUGACACUAAAUGAGAUAGUCACUGCUUUGCCAAAAUAAACUCCAACAAUAUAAAGCAAAUGAAUGUCUGUUUUCUUGAAAUCUAAAAGCACAUUUUGUUUUGGGUGAUCGAAGUGAUGAAUGAUAUUUGGCUUUCACAGAUUCUGGAAUGGCAAAUGAAAAUAAAGAAAAGCUUAUGUUUUUG